GCAUAUUGUCCUCUCUACGAACUUUGUGAAAAUACGGUCAUGGGCUAUGUAUUUUUUUGUACUGCUGAUCCUGAUAAUAGGACAUCUUCAUACAGUAUCUGCUGCCACCCACUCUCUGAAAUACUUCUACACAGGAGUCUCAGGUGAUAUUAACUUCCCAGAAUUCACUACAGUGGGUCUGGUAGACAAUGUUAUGUUUAUCUACUUUGACAGCAAAAACAGGACUGCAGUCCCCAAGACUGAGUGGAUUAAAAGAGUUGGACCAGACUACUGGGACAGUCAGACUCAGACUGGUAAUAAUCUACAUCAGGUCUUCAAAAUCAACAUUCAAGUAGCAAAGGAUCGAUUUAACCAAUCCAUGUCUACAGGUGUACAUGUAUUCCAGUGGAUGUAUGGAUGUGAUUGGGAUGAUGAGACUGGAGUCAUACAGGGUUUUGACCAGUAUGGAUAUGAUGGAGAAAACUUCAUCUCAUUGGACCUGAAGACAUUGUCAUGGAUCGCUCCAAAACCACAGGCAUUCAUCACCAAGAACAAGUGGGACAGUGACAAAGCUGACAAUGACUACCUUAAAAACUAUUUCACCCAGGAGUGUAUUGAGUGGCUGAAGAAGUAUCUGGAAUAUGAGGAGACCAGUCAAAUGAGGACAGUCCCUCCAUCAGUGUCUCUGCUCCAGAAGACCCCCUCCUCUCCAGUGACCUGCCACGCUACAGGUUUCUACCCCAGUGAAGUCAACAUUUUGUGGCAGAAAGAUGGACCAUUUCAGCAUGAGGAUGUGGAGACUGGACAUACUCUCCCUAAUGGAGAUGGAACAUUCCAGAAAAGUGUCCUUCUGACAGUGAAGCCUGAGGAGUGGAAGAACAACAAGUAUCAGUGUGUGGUUCAGGUCUCUGGUAUCAACAAGGACUUCAUCAAGGAUCUGACUGAGUCUGAGAUCCAGACGAACCGGGACCCAACCUCCAUUGGCCCCAUCAUUGGAGUGGUGGUAGCUGGCCUCCUGGCCAUAGGUGCUGCUGUUAUUAUUGUAGUCGUCAUCUGGAAGAAGAAGAGCAAGAAAGGCUUCAUUCCAGCUAACACUUCUGAUGAUGGUUCCAACUCCUCCAACAACACUGCUCCAAAAGCAUGAGGUCUCUAUCUGUUACCAAUAUCAAACAGGGGAGAAUCACAGACAAGAGAGAAAAGACUACAGUGAAAGUUGAAGUUGUUAGGCCUGGGCCUCAGGGGCUAUAGCCCUGGUUCUUUUAUGAAUAGCCCCAGAUCUUAGAUUGACCAAAAAAAUAAUAAUAGAGGGUAGGGGUGGUGGGGGGGCUAAGCCCCAA